CAGACAUGGAAAACGUGAGGCGAGAGGCUACUCGGCCCUUUGUCCCUUCGGGCACCCUCGAACUCUACUUCCCUGACCAUCUGUACCGCAAUGACUACUUGUCCAUGGAAGGGCCCCGUUGGGCGCAGGCCAUCAAGCAAGCUGUGCGCUGGAAGUUCACGCCCAUGGGUCAGGACGCGGCCGGCCAGAUGUGGUACACUGGCUUGACCAACUCGAAUCCAUGUGAUGCCUGGUACAUGCUGCCCCGCGCUCUCGACAUGCCAUACCGCGAGGCCCACACUCGCUGGCACGGCUGCUUCCAGAGUCGCCAGCGUGACCUGCCGCCCGCCUAUACACAGCACUUGCGGGAGACGGCCUUCUGGGACCCCGCGAUACCUCCGCAGUACCUCAACCCUGGCACCCGCUGGGGGUGUCUGCAGUGGAGGGACAGGCAAAUCCGUGGCAAGGAGUUCGUGGUCAACAGGAACCAGUUUGGGGCAGAGCUGCCCCGGCGGUCUGACUACGUGCAGGACCUGUCGCCGCCACAUCGGCCGCGCUUCACUGCACAGGACUUCAAACAGCGGGGCCUGGACCGUCCCUACCCGGCCACUGGCCAGCCACCCCCGGUCUUCACCCCCACGCUCUGAUAAAGCCGUGUUACUG